CGUGGGAAAGGCGGGACUUCGCUACCAUCUGCGUCAUCUCCAGCGCGACGCAAGACGUCACCGGCUUGACUAGGAAGAUCAAUUGUGGCUGCCGGCGCGCCCACGCCUACUUUAUGCGCGGGGUCGCCGGCGCAUGCGAGGAAUAGUCUCGGCUGCGCGAUACUACUCCGUCGGGAGGUCCGCGUGUCCAGCUCCUUGGUGGUGGCAGACAUGCUGUGCCGGCUCAGCCUUCGGUGGCUACGGCCGCUGCCUGCCCUGCGGCUCGGGGCCCUGGGCCCGCAGCUCGCGCCCGUCCUAACGGGCGGCAUGAGGCGCUCUGCUCUGCCAGUGUGGGCAGCCUCGUCAGUCUCUGCAGUUGCCCCGGGUGGCGCGGGAGGCUGGUACGAGGCCCUGGCUACGUCGGCUCCGGUACAGGGCGCGGAGGAGCUGCUGCUCUGCGCGCACACCGCCACGGGCCUGCCCUGGUGGGGCAGCAUUCUCCUCACCACCGUGGCCCUGCGCGGCGCCGUCACGCUGCCCCUGGCCGCCUACCAGCACUACAUCCUGGCCAAGGUGGAAAAUUUGCAGCCAGAAAUAAAAAACAUUGCAAGGCAUCUUAACCAAGAAGUUGCAGUUCGCGCAAAUCAGUUGGGGUGGUCCAAAAGAGUUGCCAGGCUUACUUAUCUAAAGAUUCUGCGGAGGCUUGUUUCAGAGCUGUAUAUUCGGGAUAACUGCCACCCUUUCAAAGCCACUGUAUUGGUCUGGAUCCAGAUUCCAAUGUGGAUCUUCAUGUCUGUUGCUCUCCGGAAUUUUAGCACAGGGGCAACACAUUCAGAAGCAGGUUUUUCUGUUCAGGAGCAGUUAGCUACUGGUGGGGUCCUGUGGUUUCCUGACCUCACUGCCCUGGAUUCCACUUGGAUUCUGCCUGUCUCCGUGGGUGUCAUCAAUUUAUUAAUAGUGGAGAUGUUUGCUCUGCAAAAAAUUGGAAUGUCUCGUUUUCAGACAUAUAUUACAUACUUUGUUCGGGCGGUAUCAGUGUUGAUGAUUCCAAUUGCAGCCACAGUACCUUCAGUGAUCGAUUGCUCUGUACUGGUUAUGCUCCAGCUUCAUGGGCCUUUCACAGAACUUGCUGCUGCGUUCCCCUCGAUUUCGCCAACUUUGCCGAAUACCGUUAACCAAGUCAGAUUCACACACUCCUUAUAAGGACCUCUUUGCUGCCUUUUAUGCCAAGUUCAGUUCAAGAAAAUGACAUACUUUCUAGUAAUUUUGGAACAAUGACAGUGUAUUCAUUCUUAAUGUAUUUAGAACAUCGAGAAAUUCAGAUAUGAUUUAAUUUGCUUUUGUUUAAAAUCAUGAGCCCUGUGGAGUACUGUGGAUUAAGAUAUAUUUGGACACUUAAAAUCUUUUAAGUGCUAAAAAUGUAUGUUUAAUUAUAUACUAAGAAUAUAAGAGGGGAAUCAAAGUGUUGGGCCCUGUUUAUAAAAUUACAACUUAUUAGAGGCGCCAGAACCUUAGAGAACAAGACUAGAAAAGUUUUAUAAAAUAAGAGCAUCCAAUGAGGUGAUUCUUAAAAUUUUGGAGGUGUGGAAGAUCAUAUACCUGCUUGAGUAUUUGAUAAAGCCAUGGUUUUCUCUUCAGAAAAGUCCUGGAACUCGCAUCAUGGAGUUUACUGACCCCCUGAAGGCCUUCUGGUAAUUCCUAGUUAAUAAAUACUAUCUUAAUGGAACAUACGUUGAUGAUGAGUUAAUGUGUGAUUUUUUAAAAAAUGGACUUGAGAAACAUGCAAUAGAGUAGUCCAUGCGUGUAAGAAAGUAGUAUGGUAGGUUGUAUUGCUUCCCAACCCUGCUCUGAAAGAAUGCAAAAAGUGUUCAUUCCUUUUUCUAUAACUUAAGAAGUCUGGAAUAAAGAUAGCACUAAGUAUUGCUGGAGCCCAAAGUAGAAAAUCUUAAGCUAAUCAUAUGGAACAUGAAGGAGCCAGGUCUCCCUGAUAACCCUUUAAGAAAGUGAAAAGCUGGUGCUAGGGUUAGGGUAAUGCUAACUGGAAGACUCUUUCAAACCUGUACACCUUGGUAUGAUAAUACAAAAUCUUAAGUUGGUCUGAGGAUCUUAUAUAUUACAAAAUUCAUAAGUUCAUAGCUUGGUAAAGGGAGCAAAAUACAUUUUAAAAGCUUGAAAGAUCAGGAUAGUACUUAAAACAAGUUUUAAAAAUAAUUGCUAAAUAUAUGAAAGUACAUUAGUUUCACUAUUACCAGAAAUUAAAUGUAGGUGGAGAAUCAGUCAGCUUAUUCAGUUACAGAGCGUGCAUAUGAACCUUGUGCUUAUACUGUGUAUUCAGUCAUUGGAGAAUGUAGUAGAUCACUUAAACGUGAAGUAAGAUUGUUGUGCAGAAUUCUGGAGACAGAACUAUUUGAGUCUUUUUCAUCAUCUCUAAGUACAGUAGACCCUUCUCUCUCCUAGCCCCGGAAGGCCACAGCCUUUAAGAGCUUCGAGCUGUCAGCUGCUGGAAUCCCAACAAACAACUGAACCAAACUUCAUUAGGUAAGGACUAACACAGCUACAGAGAGGGAGCAGUUAAUUCCAUGGCUCUUGAAAGUACUACCUUGACUGCAGUCAUUUGUGGAAUACAGUCUAAAAGCAAAAAGGACUAUUAGAAAUCUUAGAACUUUAUUUAGUAAUUGUAUUGCUGCUCUGUUACUCUUACUGUGAAGUAAAAUGUAUAGUGAUGUUUACUGGUAUGUUAGUUUUCCGUGGUUGCUGUAAUAAAUUCUUCAUGCUGCUUAUGCACCAAGAGGAAGAUACUACUGAGUAAAUUAGUUGGAGAUAUUAUGA